AGAUAUUUUAGAGAAUCCAAGCUAUAUAUGUGUAUCCCCUUAGCAAUUCCGCGCCUUGUUUUACAGCAUGAUUUAUCGGUCAAAACAGUCGAUUGUCUGCCGUUCUCUUAAAAUGAAAGAAACACGUGUCGCGUGGCAUACAAAUAAAUGUAAAUUGGAGCACAAUUUAGUAGCUUCUGUAAGACAAUAAGACAGUUAACGUGCCCGCUUGACUGGGGCUGGCCACAUAUAAAUAGCCAGCCCGAUCCGUUGACAAUCAUCAACAACAUAAGCUAGCUCCCGAUAACAGCUGCAGUUCAAACCAAGUAGAAUGAUGUUGAAGCUUACAACUUGCUGGCUGCUGCUGGUCGUGCUGCUGGCUUCCGCCGAGGCAAACACGGGCGCCUCGACAGUGUGCGUGGGUCGCUGCCACAUCCUGGAUCUACAUGACAAGCGAAGGGUGUGCACUCGGGAUGCCAAAACGAAUAUGUGCACCAAGAUGCUGCCCUGCCGGCUGCGCGAACGCAACUGCGCCCUCAGAAGUCUGGGCCUGCCGCCGCUCAGGGAGACCAGCCUCGGGCAGUGCGCCAAUGUUGUUAGCAGCACCGGCACCGCUCGAUGUGUGCUCAUACCACGCCCCACCAAGCCCAGGCCCAACGUCAACAUCAAGGUGCAUGUGAGCUGCAUUGACAAGGCCUGCAACAGGCAGACGCCCAACAGUUGCUGGCGCACCAGAGACGGGCGUAACCUUUGGCUGAGCCUCUGCGAUGCCCGGGAGAGGAACUGCAUCAACUGGAACAACCCACAAUUGCAGCUGGUGCGCAUCCACGAUGUGCAGUGCCGCUCAAAGGCGCCCGUUAUCAAGGGCUAGGCACGCUGACAACAACGAUAUCCGCACAUGCAUAUAUAUUUUAUAUUUUAUUAUAUACCAACUUGUCCCUUCUUUUUAUUUCUUGGUUGCUUCGCAUCAAAUUCAAAGCGCUCGUAAAUAUUUCAUAAUGUUGCGACAAUAAAA